GCCUCGAAAUCUUUGCGCCCUCUGUCGCCGGAGAAGAAGAAGCCUGCUCGAAGUGUCAUGCAAAGGAGAUAUGCCGCCCACUCUUCCAGGACUAGGGCCGGCUCUCCGGAGGUCAUUGACUUCGACUUUGCAACUCCCGGCUCCUCGGGCUCCUCAGCUAAAAGCUGCCGGAUGCUCUGUGUGAAGUUCAACGAGGACCUCAACUCCGAGGUGCCACUCAUUGCCCCGAAGGCCUUGAAUUACCGGGAG